CCUUGCAUUGUACAGUAUGAGGCUCCUGAUCGUCAUCUACUAUCAAAGCGAAUGCCUUUCCAGCUGAGUGCAUGCAGCCUAUCGCAGGGCUCACAUUGCUGGCUCUGAUCAGCCUGGGAGAGAGAGAGGGCUCGCUUUAUGCACUGAUUUUGGAAGACAGUUAAAAUGCCUCUAGGGAUCAGCUCCCCUCUAUAAUGUGAAUGAACAGUGUUUCUGGCUGGGGAAUCCACCAAAACCACAAAACCAGAGAAAGCAUUGCCAGGCAGGCUUGGUCUGUGUCCCUCCCUGGCCCUCUCUGCCUGUGUUCCCAGCAGUGGUGGUGGUGCCAGACUGCUUUCUGCAUUGAGAGGUGGUUUGGAUCUGUAGCCCUCCAUGUAUGACAAUUUGUACCUGCAUGGAUUUGAAGAUUCGGAGGCGGGUUCAGCAGAUUCUUACACAAGCAGACCAUCAGACUCUGAUGUAUCUCUGGAAGAGGACAGAGAAGCAAUUCGGCAAGAGAAGGAACAGCAAGCCGCAGUCCAACUUGAGAGAGCCAAAACCAAGCCCGUGGCAUUUGCAGUGAAGACGAAUGUAAGUUACUGCGGAGCAUUAGAUGAAGAUGUUCCCGUACCCAGCACUGCCAUCUCUUUCGACGCCAAGGACUUUUUACACAUUAAAGAGAAAUACAACAAUGAUUGGUGGAUAGGGAGACUCGUCAAAGAAGGCUGUGAGAUCGGGUUCAUUCCAAGUCCUCUGAGGUUGGAGAAUAUUCGAAUCCAGCAGGAGCAGAAGAGGGGUCGUUUUCAUGGAGGUAAAUCAAGUGGAAAUUCUUCUUCAAGUCUUGGGGAAAUGGUAUCUGGGACAUUUCGUGCAACGCCCCCUUCUGCCGCCAAACAGAAGCAGAAAGUGACAGAACACAUUCCUCCUUAUGAUGUUGUACCCUCCAUGAGGCCAGUCGUUUUAGUUGGUCCAUCUCUAAAGGGUUAUGAGGUGACGGACAUGAUGCAGAAAGCCCUUUUUGACUUCUUGAAGCACAGGUUUGAUGGGAGAAUAUCCAUUACUCGAGUGACGGCUGACAUUUCUCUAGCCAAGAGGUCGGUGCUGAAUAAUCCCAGCAAGAGGGCGAUAAUUGAACGAUCAAACACCAGAUCUAGUUUGGCUGAAGUUCAAAGUGAAAUUGAAAGAAUCUUUGAAUUAGCCCGGUCGUUACAAUUGGUUAUUUUAGAUGCAGAUACAAUUAACCAUCCAGCACAACUCAUCAAGACAUCAUUAGCGCCUAUAAUCGUACAUGUUAAAGUGUCCUCUCCAAAGGUGUUGCAACGGCUCAUUAAGUCCAGAGGAAAAUCCCAAAGUAAACAUCUAAAUGUACAGUUAGUGGCUGCCGAUAAACUUGCACAGUGUCCUCCAGAAAUGUUUGAUGUAAUCUUGGAUGAGAACCAGUUAGAAGAUGCAUGUGAGCACCUGGCAGAGUAUCUAGAAGCUUACUGGAGGGCUACGCAUACUACAAGUAGUACGCCAAUGACCCCUCUCCUGGGCAGAAAUCUGGGAUCAACUGCACUUACAUCAUACCCAACAGCUAUCUCUGGAUUACAGAGUCAACGCAUGAGGCAUAGCAACCAUUCUACAGAAAACUCCCCCAUAGAAAGAAGAAGUCUAAUGACCUCAGAUGAAAAUUAUCAUAACGAAAGAGCUCGGAAGAGCAGGAAUCGCUUGUCUUCCAGUUCCCAGCAUAGCCGUGACCAUUAUCCCCUUGUGGAAGAAGAGUAUUCUGACUCGUAUGUGGACACUUACAAGCCUCACAGAAACCGUGGAUCUCCUGGAGGUUAUAGCCAUGACUCCAGACACAGGCUUUGAGUUUGGGAACUUGAUAUAGAGUAACGAUCAUCCACCUACUUGCUCCAGACUCCACCAGCAAUGCGUACUUAUCUUAUGCAUUGUUGGUUAAUCAAUGCAUCCACAGGGGGUUUAUGGGAUUUGUCAUAACAUACAGUAGAUAGAACUACAGACCAUUUUAUUUUGCCAGAUAAAGGCAUCUUGUGAUGCUCUAUCAUGGGUAAAAUAGUUGACACACACAUAUAUAUAGACAUAUACAUGUGUAGGUAGACAUUUAUUGUGCCCUGUUCACUAAUCUUUUACUGACAUUAACAUUAGAGCAGUGUCUUUUUUUUUUGUGGAGUAUUAAACAUAUCCAUCUGUAAUCUAGAACAGGCAUUCCAAACUCUAGUCCUUGAAUUCCCCCAAUGUGGCAACUUUUGAAGACAUCCUUGCAUGUAGACUACAUGUAGGUUGAGUCUUUGGAACACGUGAAUCUCACAAAAUGGCUUACCUCAUGCUUGAUUCACAUGUAUCCUCACCGGAUGGUAUAAAAAAAAACAAGUUUUGGGGAUUUAAGGAUAGGAGUUAGUGUUUCCUGUUCUAGGGUACUUGUCGAGGCAGGUACAGGUCGGGGUGACCUCACUGUUUCUAUAAUUAAGGAUGUUUACAGAAAUGAAUAAAUUUCUGCAGGGAAGCACUAAGUAAAGUUAAGAUUGAAAGUACCAUCUACGUUUGACUCGUUUUAGCCCUGCGGAAUAUUUUUUUUUUUUUUUUUUUAAAUGUCCCUGAUUAUAUCAGUGAUGGGUUCACCCUAGUAUAGGUACAAUUUCCUGAACUGGGAAAUUCCAAAUGAACAGUUCCAGUUGGAACCAAUUUAUAAGCCAAUUCCUGUUGGAAUUUGGGUAAAUUGACUGGAAAGUCUAUUUGAGCAUGUUGCAUUAGCUUACAGAUAAUAACAUUGGAGGGCAGUAAUAGCCGAUGUUAAAAUGAAAAGAAAAAUCUCUAUUGACAUUUAUUUUGUUAGAUCAUAGGAGGUAUUUUGUCUUAGUACAUUACAGAAUGUAUAUCUAAAUGACACUAAUAUUACCAACACAUAUUUAACAGUGUUUGACAAUUUAAAUUUGAAGAGGGCCAUACAGAGUAAAAAUUGCACAAAAUUUUAUUGUUGAUUGACGUAGAUUUGAUUAACUGUAGGAGUGAUUGAUUGGGCAAUAUUUUUUUUAUGGGGCAAUAUUUAACUCAAAGUCACAUGCUUUGAGGAAAAGCACAGCAUAUAAACCACAAUAUGAUUUUCCAUUGAACACCGUCACCUGUUAAUAAUGACUAAUUAGACAUGAUUUGGUAGUUGUCAAAAAAAAAAAUAGUAUAUUAGAAGUCAGACAUAUUUUUGGAAAGAUAAUUACAGGAACGUACCACUGUUUUGGUAUUGAUGUAUGAAGCAAUCAGGGCACUAUUUUUUAUCACCAAUAAUAUCAAUGUACCAUUUAUUGAAAUGGUUAUCGUAUCCGAUAUAGUAGUAAGAGCAUUUAAAUACAUACAGUCACACAUAAGGUGUAUUUGAAAAGUGUAAGUUUUUUGGCAUCAGGCAGAGGAUAUACAUGUUUACCCUAUACUACUGAUAAAACGGUAAGAUUAUUAAAUAUAUGUAUUUACAGGGUUCGUGCUUAUAAAUACGUUUUCUUGGGGGUUUUUUUGUAGAAAGAUUGUAUAAUCUGAUACAGAAAAAAUGUGUUUUUCAACAACGGGUGGUCAUAAAGAUAUAGCAUGCCUGAGUAUCUUUAGGCAAAUAAUGAACAGAACUUAAAUAGAAAAAUAAACACCCCUAUUACUAUAGAAGAUCAGUUGCUAUAUAGUGGCUCAGCCACCUUCUGGAGUCUUUGCAUAUUUUGCAAAGACCCCCAAUGGCGACAUCUCUGCUAGAUGCGCUGUGGCCCUGGGAUGCAGUGCAGGUGAGUUAUACUUACCUGGUGCUGUCCCCUGCUUCAUCUGCCCCGAGACCACUCGUGCCGCCAUCGAUAUUUUGUUGCAGGAUAAAUCAUGAUUUCCACAGCUGUCGUGAGUAGUCCUUGCUUAGUCGUAUGAUAACUUUUGACUGUGUUGCAAUUUCACUAAAAUGUCAACAUCGUUUUAUCAGCAUUUCAUAAAGAUGAAAUCUUUUUGGCGUUGACAGAGACACUUUAAAAAGACUUUGUCAUUCAUAGGCAGCCACAUGUAUAUAUUGUUAGCCAUUUAAAUGAUUAACCCAUGACUGGACAGGUAUAGUAUGUUCUAAGCCUGCCUGCUUCUUACCCAACAUCCUGUUUGUUGUGUUCCAUAAUGCUUUGUUUCUCUGUGACAAAUCACAGAAAAUCCCAGGUAAGACACAAGGGCACACAUACCUUUUGUGUUGCUACUGUGUAGACUAGAAUGGAACUAAAUGAAAUUGUUUGAAACUUUAAACGGACCUCAAUAUUAUGCAAAA